AAUAAAAUAAGGAAAUACAGGUAUCAAAAUUGAAUGAGAAGUGAAGUGUAUUCGCGGGAUCGAGGAACAGAGCUCCACAACGUACGUUAUCAUGCACUCGAAAGCAAAAUAAAUAGUCUCGAUGGAGCAAAUGGAAUUCCAAAGAAUGCCCCAGAAAAAAUGGGAAUAGUAGAAGAAGCACACAACGUGAAGGUUUUGGGUUCAGGAGAGCAAGUGAUAGUCCUAUCUCAUGGGUUUGGGUCAGAUCAAUCGAUCUGGAGGUACCUUGUGCCACACAUGGUUGAAGAUUAUCGUGUGAUCUUGUACGACAACAUGGGUGCUGGAACUACAAAUCCAGAGUAUUUCGACUUCGAAAGGUACUCGACUAUCGAAGGUUUUGUUUAUGAUUUGCUUGCUAUAUUAGAAGAAUUGCAGGUGAAAUCUUGCAUCUUCAUUGGUCACUCUGCUUUGAGCAUGGUUGGUGCCAUUGCCUCUGUUUCUCGCCCUGAUCUUUUCUCUAAACUCAUCAUGCUCUCUGCUACUCCAAGGUUAUUGAAUGAUGAGGACUACCAAGGAGGAAUGGAGAGACGAGACGUAGAGCAAAUAUUCGAAGGAAUGAGGUCCAAUUACGAGGCGUGGUGCCAAGGAUUCGCCCCUCUAGUGGUGGGUGGAGACAUGGACUCGGUAGCGGUGCAAGAAUUCUCCCGAACCCUCUUCAAUAUGAGACCUGAUAUAGCACUAAGUUUAGCCCAGGUUAUAUUUCUAACCGAUAUGAGACAUGUUCUACCCUUGGUUACGACCCCUUGCCACAUCCUGCAAAGCAUGAAGGACAUGGCUGUGCCAGUGUUCGUAUCUGAAUAUUUGCAUCAAAAUAUUGGUGGCCAAUCCAUCGUUGAGGUCAUGCCAACCGGCGGCCACUUGCCCCAGUUGAGCUCACCAGAAACUGUAAUUCCGGUGAUUCUCAAGCACAUUCGCCUUGAUAUAACUGAGUGAUCUCUACCAUGUAUCAAUAUCAUGAUAUGAUCAGAAUAUUUCUUUUUCUCUUUGUAGCUUAAAUUUACACUAAAUAUUCCAGUAACUAAAUUAAAAGAAAUGUUUUUGUUUUGUUAAA